AUGGAUCCAGGUAGGCCCGGGGAAUGGAGUUCCCAAGAGUAUGAGGCCCGGGGAAUGGAGUCCCCAGGGUAUGAGGCCGGGAAGGAGUCCCAGGGGUAUGAGGCCCCCGGGGAAUGGAGUACCGAGGGUAAGGCCGGGGGAUGGAAGUUCCCAGGGUAUGAGGCCGGGGAAUGGAGUCCAGCGAGGCCCAUGGGAAGGGAGUCCCAGAGUGAGGCCCGGGGAUGGAGUCCCCAAGGGUAUGAGGCCGGGGAAUGGUAUGAGCCCGGGGAAUCCCCCGGGGAAUGGAGUCCCAGGGGUAUAGGCCAGAAUGUCCCAGGGUAUGAGCCCGGGGAAUGGAAUCCAGGGUAUGAGGCCCGGGGAAUGGAGUCCCAGGGUAUGGCCCGGGAUGGAGUUCCAGGUUAUGAGGCCGGGAAUGGAGUCCCAGGGUAUGAGGACCCGGGUUAA